UUCUACAAGUUCCCUCGGCUUUGACUUUGAAAACAUGGCUGCGCCUUAAGGAGCCAGCCUGGACCACCGAAAACAAGUCGGCAAUGCUCAUUUUCCGUGUUUUGCCGUUACGCCGUUCGUAGCUGUUGACCGGACAUGUCGGACAAAGAGGUCGGCGGAGGGAAGGACGGCGCCCCGGAGAAAGGGUUCAGGACCCCCGGGCUGAGGGGCGCACAGACCUCCACGCUGUUCCGAGCCUUCAACCCCGAACUCUUCAUGAAACCGAACAAACCCGUGAUGGCGUUCGGACUGGUGACCAUCACCUUGUGCGUGGGCUACCUGGGCUACAUGCACGCGACCAAAGAAAACGACCUGCAGCUGUACGAGGCCAUCGACAGCGAAGGAGAGAGCUACAUGAGGAGGAAGACCUCCAAAUGGGACUGACAAUAUGUAUUAUAUUAAUGAGAGGGAGAGAGAUUUAAAUUAAAACCCUAUGGAAAAAAGGAUA